GUGUGACCGUAACAUCAUACAAAAAAAGCAAUUGAUAUUGUUACAACGAUUUUUCGUCGCUCUAGUUGCCUAUUAAAAAUCUAUUUUUAAUAAGUAGUUGUUUCUAUUUCGUUGUGCGUGCGGUGCACAUGCGUGUGCGCGUCCGCAAAUACUUGCUGCAAAUAUCAUGUAAUGAGCAAAAAAAUAAUAUACACAAAGUGCAUGUAACGUGUGUGUCGUGUAUGUUGUGUGUGUGUAACAAUCAAUUGUUGCCCCACACCUACUUACUCUCUAUGUGAGUGUAUGUGAGAGUGUGACCAAGAGUGCGUGUCUGUGGCGUAAUUGUAUGCGUGUGCGUACAAGGCAGUCAGUGGGCGACCCAUAAGGAGACCACCGACCAUCGGCACACAGCCAGACAUACACAGCGACCCCAACACCUACACACGCCCUGUGUGUUUGGAGAACAACAAUAUAAGGAUGUAUUUGCCUUGUUUUUCGAGGUGUGUGGAGCAGAGUAGCCGCUGAAUGACAAAUCAACAGAGCAAUAACAGAAGCAGCAACAGCAAAAGCAGCCGAAUGCCGCCAUGCUCAGUAACAUUAAUCAAUUGAAUAACAGCAGCAGCAGCAGUAGCAGCAAACGAAGUAGCAGCAAUAACAACAGCAACAUCAGCAUCGACAACAACAACUACAGCAAUAUGCAAGUUUGUUAGGCGCCAAAGCAGCUAACUAAAAACAUCAUCAUGAGUCGCCAGGAGACUUUCGCGUCGGCGUCGCCGUCGUCAUCGGCACUGUCUACAAAAAGUGCAACAUCAAUGGCAGCAACAACAACAACCGCAUCAGCAGCAGCAACAACGAGCACAAUAUGCAGCAACAAAAUCUCGACAUCAACCCCACAGAAAUGCGACGACUCAACAUUGGAGCAGCAGCAGCAGGAGUUCAUCAAUCGCAGCAUUGCCAGCGAAAUUGAUGCCAGCGAUGCCAGCGCCAUUUGCGAUCUAACCAUCAACAGCAGCAGCAGCAGUGGCGUCAGUCCGGUGGCCAAGCGGCAAAUGAACUCGGCGAAUCUAUCGCGCAUUCGUCCCCAGUCCAGUUACUCGGCGCGUGUGCUCAUCUUUGAUGAUUCGGAGCAAGAGGCAGCUGCAGCUAUUGCGGCGGCUGCCUCCUCAUUGACAACUGGCCAUGCAGCAAAUGCAUCAACGUGUUCCUCGUUGGCAGCGGUCGCUGAUGUCAGCAGUGGCGUUGAGCUGCUGCCCGCAUCGCCGGCCAAAUUGGGCAUCAUGGAUAAUAGCAAUAAUGGUUCGUCGCUAAUGCGCAAUCUCAAUCUCACGAAAAGCUCUUCUGGCGGCUUAUCCGGCAGCUCAAGUUCGUUGCAUUCGCGUGGUUACACGGCUCUCUUGCGCAAGAUCUCCUAUCAGCAGCACACGAAUUCGAUGCGUGCAGUGAGCAGCGAAGCAUCAAAUCUGCUGCGCAUGCGUCACUCGUCGCUGGGCAAGUCGGCGCCCUGUUUGACUGGCAACUAUUUCCGCCAUGAGCUCUGUGCUCCGCAAGUCCCAACCAUGCCCGUUGCUGUGCCUGCGGUGCCUUCGCCUGGCCUCAAUAUCUCGCGAUCGGGCAGCGGCAUUGCGCUGUCCAAGCAUCAUCAUUUGCAUGGCGUUGUCAUGCGCGGCUCUGGAUCCGGCAGCGGUGCCAGUGGCUCCAGUGGUGUGGCCCAUCAUCGUCUCAGUCUGGUGACGAAUGCAGCAGCUGUGGCCGCCGGUUCGCGUGCCCAUUCCCCGUAUUCGGCCAGUCCGGUGGACAGUCCACGACUCAACUCGCCGAUGCAAUUUGCAUUUGCGCCCAUUAAACGCAUUGCUUCGUGUCGCGGCGUUGUCGAUGGCAGACGCUGGUCUGUGGCAUCAUUGCCCUCUUCGGGCUAUGGAACCACGCCAGGCAGCUCCAAUCUAUCUUCGCAAUGCUCCAGUCAGGAGGCGCUCAACCAUUUACCGCACAACAUUCCGCCGGGUCAGGAGGAUGCCGCUGCCGUUGCCGCUGGCGCCUGUUGUGCGGAGCAUUUGAAGCAGCAUUGCCCCAAGCACUGCGCUCUCUUGCUGGCCACGCACAAGCCGCAACAGCAACAGCAGCAUGCCCCCAAACUCGCCCAGCUGCAGCCACAGCCAUUGAAACCACCGAUCGCCUGCAUCAAUUGCUGUGCCGAACUGAGCGCCACUUGCGGUGGCCAUGGCCAUGGCCAGGGUCACAGCAGCGGCAGUGGCAGUGGCAGUGGCAGCGGUAGCGGGAACAAUAGCGCCAAUGCCUCAAUGACAUCGGUGCCAGGCAAUUCUGGUGGCCGCAUGUCGCCCUAUUUUCGUCCACGCUCACGCUCGCUAUCGAGUCCAUCGCGUUCGCCUGUGGUGGACAAUGAGAUUGCUGUUAUGAACACGCUGUACAAGGAACGCUUUCCGAAGGCCACGCAACAGAUGGAGGAGCGACUAAAGCAUUUCAUUAAUGAGAACAAAAGCGCCGCUUGCAACAGUUUUCGAGAUUCGCAACCCAUCGUGCGCUUUGUGCAUCAUCAGGUCUUGGAGAUGGCUCGUGAUUGUCUGCACAAAUCGGAGGCCAAGCUGAUAACCGCACAGUAUUUCUAUGAGCUGAGCGAGAAUCUAGAGCGUUUGCUGCUCGAGACAAAAGAGAAGUCACCGGAAGCUGCCGCAGAAUUGAGUGGUGUCAUCAAAAAGUUGCUGUUAAUCAUCUCGCGACCAGCGCGUUUGCUGGAAUGCUUGGAGUUCGAUCCACAAGAGUUCUACGAACUCCUGGAGGCGGCCGAGGGACAUGCCAAGGCCAUGCCUGUGAUUAAAGCGGAUAUACCGCAAUACAUCAUUCACAAGCUGGGCCUGAAUCGUGAUCCCAUUGCCGAGUUGCAGCAGGAGCUGCGUGAGACGCAGCAAAUGUGCGCGGAGCAAGUGACGGGCGAUAAGCUGCUGGAGACACAACCUGGAGCACUGCUACUCAAUUCUCCGCUCACCUGUGCGGCCAAGCAGCUGAGUAGUCUAACGCUGGACAGCAUUACGCUGGAUGCCAGCAAUUCGGGUGGCAGCGGCAGUUGCACGCCACAGCCAAUGUUGCCACAGCAACCGCCGCAAACGCCUGUGGCAUGCGAUGGUCAUUCGACUCCAAGUUUUGCCUUGGCUAUCAGUCAACUCAACGCAUCCGCCGAGGCAACGGUUGUGCAACAGCAACAGCAGCAACAACAACAGCAGCAACAACAGCAGCAGCAACCGCUGCCGCAUGAGAACGACUUUGACAUUGCGAAACUGAUCUCAAAUGGCGCUUAUGGUGCAGUCUAUCUGGUGAAGCACAAGACGACGCGCCAGCGCUUUGCAAUGAAGAAGAUCAACAAGAAUAAUCUCAUAUUGCGCAAUCAGGUGGAGCAAGUGUUUGCCGAGCGUGACAUCUUGUCGUUUGCCGAUAAUCCCUUUGUGGUCAGCAUGUACUGCUCCUUUGAAACGAAGAAGCAUCUGUGCCUGGUCAUGGAGUAUGUCGAGGGCGGCGACUGCGGCACGCUGCUCAAGAACAUCGGACCACUGCCAGCGGACAUGGCGCGCUUCUAUUUCGCCGAAACAGUAUUAGCCGUGGAAUAUCUGCAUAGCUAUGGCAUUGUCCAUCGCGAUCUCAAGCCGGACAAUUUGUUAAUCACAGCCUUGGGCCACAUCAAGCUCACCGAUUUUGGUCUUUCGAAAAUGGGUCUCAUGUCGUUGGCCACCAAUUUGUACGAAGGUUACAUUGACUCUGAAACGCGGCAGUUUUCUGAUAAACAGGUGUAUGGCACCCCGGAGUAUAUUGCGCCUGAGGUGAUUCUACGCCAGGGUUAUGGCAAACCCGUUGAUUGGUGGUCCAUGGGCAUAAUUUUGUACGAGUUUCUUAUUGGAUGUGUGCCAUUCUUUGGGGAAACCGCUGAGGAGCUGUUUGCGCACACUGUCAACGAUGACAUCGAGUGGCCCGAUAGCGAGGACUGGCCAGUGCAAUCGGAAGCGAAGGAUAUUAUCACCCAGCUGCUGCAGCAGAAUCCACGCGAUCGUCUUGGCACACAAACGGGUGCAUUGGAAGUGAAGGAGCAUGUCUAUUUCCAGGGCAUGGACUGGAACUCGCUGCUGCGGCAAAAGGCCGAGUUUGUGCCGCAAUUGUCGCAUGAGGAUGACACCAGCUAUUUUGAUACUCGCAUGGAUCGCUAUAAUCAUGAUUUGGGCGGCGAGGACACCGAUGACACUGAUGAUACGCCCGUCAUUGGCAGCUUCAACUCUUAUACGCCACAAUAUCGCAAGCAACACUAUAGCUGGUCACGUCAUGCCACGCCCACAUCGACAGAUGGCUUCAAGGCGACGCCAACACUGACCACGUUGCCAUCGCGUGCCCAGGAAACUGUCUCGGCAUCCACAAUGCUGGCGACAUCAUCGACGGGUGCGCUGCCCAAGCUCAAGUCAACAGCUGUUGCCCAAGACUCGGGUGUGGUCAACAAGUUCUUGAAUACGCCACAGUUGCGUAAACUGGAUCUCUCAUCCAGCUGUUUGAAGGUGCCGUCUACACCGGAUAGCGAGUUUCUGCCGGAACUGCUGCACAAUGUGACCAUUGGCAACGAUGCCGAGCUGCGCAUGCUCAAGCAUUACCUGCAACAGCCAACGACGCCGGCAGCAGUGCGUCUGCAGCAGCGUCAUAGCAUGCCACCGAACACCACCACGAUCAUUAGCACACCGGCAACGCCGCCACCACCGACUCAGUCGUCCACAGCGACGCCACAGCCUCAGACGAGCGUGAGCAGUUUCUCGCGCAGCACACCGGAGAGUUCGCAAACGGACAGCGACGACUUCUCGCCCCAGAUCAAUCGCAAGCGCAAGGGCGUCUGUGCACGCGAUAUUUUGCCACGGUUCUCCAUCUCGAUUGAGGAUGAGACCAUCAGUGCUGGCAGCUCCUCCACGGAGAACAUGAACAUACGUGAGCAGUCGCCAUUGGCGUUGCAACAUCAACCGAAGUCUAUGGAUGGCAGCUGCAGUAGCGGACCCUCCUCCUAUGGCGUCAAGCAUCAUCGUUCGCGUUCGAUUGUCAAGUCCGCCUCUGCCUUGGGGCUGUCUUUAAUGUCGUCACUGGAUAACACUCAAUUGGCAGCGCAGCUGUGUGGCAUUCAGUCACCAGGUAGUGCUGGUGGUGGUGGCAAUGGUUCGAGCACUGCCAGCUCAAGGGAUACAUCACCUUGUCGUGAGCUAUCUCCGCUGGUGACCAAUCUCAAGCCGCCCAUCAUUAUACGUCGCGGUCCGCGUGGUUUUGGCUUCACCGUGCACACUAUACGCGUGUAUUAUGGUGACACAGACUUCUAUACCAUGCACCAUCUGGUCAUGGCUGUCGAUGAGGGCAGUCCAGCAUUUGAGGCAGGACUGCGACCAGCGGAUCUCAUCACGCAUGUGAAUGGCGAGGCGGUGCAGGGUUUGUUCCACACUCAGGUGUUGCAGCUGCUACUCAGCGGUGGCGAGCAUGUCACCUUGAGAGCCACGCCGUUGGAGCACACUAGCAUCCAGAGCGGUGGUCGAAAGCGUGAUUUAAUGCAGAGUAAAUUGGCCAAAAAAGGUCUGAAUCGCCAGAAGAAGCAGACGAAGCGGGAGCACGACAAGAAGCGCAAGACUUCGUUGUUCCGCCGCAUCAGCAGUAAACGUGCCAAUGCCGAGAUGCAACAGUACUCGGCAGGCACCAGUUCACCCACCACGCCAUCGGCGCGCAAUCUCUCACCGCUGGACUCGUCGUAUCACAGCAGCAGCUGCUGUCAAUCGGCAGCCAACUCAUCCUCACAAUCCACGUCGCCAUCGUCGUCGUCACCCAACACGCCCACCGGUUCUAAUGGCAAUGGUAAUGGUAAUGGCAAUGGCAAUGGAAAUAAUGCCAUAAUUGCUGCACCUGUCGCCGCAUUGAGCGUGCAACUGCCGCUGCCACCGUCCAGUCCCGUUGUCCUGCUGCCACAUGUGGGCGCCGUGGUCGGAAAUAGUGCCACAUCUGUGGGCAAUGUGCCAGUUUCGCCCACUGGUGUCGUGCCGCAGCUGUAUCAGCGUCCAUCAACAUUGCAUGGUCUGAAGCACAAAUUGCAUGCAGCUGCCACUGGGUCUGGUGGCACUGGAGGCUCGGGUGCAGCGGGUGGCGGCCUCAAGACACUGCACACUUCAAGUAGCAAUGCAUUGCCCAAUCGCCGCAAAUCGGUUGGCCAUAUACCGCUAUCACCGCUAGCACGCACGCCUUCACCAUCACCGUUGCCAUCGUCGCCCACUCGCUCGCCAUCCCCGCUGGCCUUUCCGCUGGUGGGUCAUCAACCGGGGGCCUCAAAUACCACACAGUCCUAUAGUCCGGGCAGCACGCUGCCCACACUGCAGACGGCGGUGAGUGCGAGCAGCAAGAAAGCGGGUUUUGCACGCACUAAAUCUGCGGAGCCAAGUUCACCGUUGUUGCGACGCGCUUUGUCGCCAGAUCGCUUGCAUCCACGCAGUGCUGAGACAAAAAUUUCGCCACUAUGCUGCUCGCCGCCCAUCAAACAGCAGACACAGCAUCAGCAUCCACGCGUUGUUGCUGGUACCUGGCGCCCCGCAGCUGGAGCAGCUGCAACUGGAGCUGGGACCGUACAGCAGCAGCAACUACAACAGUUAAGCAGCAAUUCAGAGGAAUCUCAAAGGCAGGCGACAACGCAAGCGGUGACAGCAGUUGCAGCAACAGUUGGUGGAACACCGGUUGUAGCUGAUAACCAAACAACGAACAAUGUGGGGGCAUUACAAAGCAGCUGUGAGCUCUUGCCACGAAUUGCAGAGGAGAAAGAUUCGCCUACAAGUACGCAGGAUAGUAGCAGCGUCUCAGAGGGCUUUAUGCCGGCUAUUGAAGAGUAUGCGGAGGGUGAAUCAUCCUCAUCGCCUACGCAAACUUUGGAGAAGCCCUCGUCAAAAGAACAGCAGCUCAAUAAAGCUAAAAAGUCCGAGAUGGUCAAAAGUGAUGCGUCCAAAAAAUCUUCGAUUACAACGACAAGGCCAGCAAGCACCAGUGCUGUUCCACUAGCUGUGGGACAACGCAAGGAGCCAACGGCCAUUACAACAGCAAGCGCAACAGCUGCAGCAACCACAACAACAACAGCAUCUGCAACAGCAACAAGCGCUACUCUCACUGCGAAGCAAAAGAAGUAGCGUCACCGGAAUGGUUGUUUGUGUUUUAAAUUUCAUGUUUAACGUUUUAUCUAAAUGUUUGCAACGUAAAUAUUUUUAAAUCGAAAGGUUAGAAAGAUAGAAUGAAGGCAAAACGAAACGAAACGAACAAGGUAGCCGCAGGAAUUUGAUAACUAAAAUAUUCAAGGGAUUGUAUUAAAAAUAUGUAUGCUUAAUUGCGUUCUUUGGCCAAAACACCAAACAAAAUUAGCAAAGAAAAAAAUGAAUUAGUGAAUUGUGAAAAAAAUAAUAAUACUAGUAGUUUGUAGUAUCUCGUAUCUAACAAAUUGCUUAUUAUGUAUUGUAAAUUAGUAAAGAAUCGAAGGAAAAUAGAAAUGAGGAGAGCAAGAUAUUCCAGAUAAGUCGAAAGCACUAGGAAUGUAAGCGCAAUUAUAGCACACAAUUAUGAAUAUUGUAUUGUAUAUAAAUAUAUAUAAAUGUAUAACAUUGAUAGAAUUAACGUUUAGUAAGCAAAAAUUGAAAGGGAACGCCCAAGAAAAUAAUAAAUAUGCGCCAUCGUGCUGGUAACAAUUGAGUGAAGUAAUGCUAAAGUACGUACAUAACAUAAAGCUGCUUGCUCAGUUCAAUACUAAAUGCGUUUUUUGCGAAUCUAUAUUCUAUGCCGAAUUCAAUAUAUAUUAUACUAUUAAAUAAAUGUUAUAUGUGUGUGUAA